AUGACAUCCCAUAUCCUGCAGACGGAGCUCUCAAAUUUGAUACAAGAGUCGAAACGGAAGAAUUCAAAUCUAAAAAAUGCAGCUGAGCAGUCCCUAGCAGAUCUCAAGGGGUUACCAUCAACUUCGGAAGCCCAACUAGCAGCAGAGAUUGGUGGCAUCCCGGGCACUACCGCCAGAGGGUUUCAGAGAUGGCUCGAUGUCCAACUUAAGGUUCUGCAAACUCUCGGGGCGCUAUUUCAGUAUUAUGCAAUUGAGUUGAAUGGACCGCUCCUCGCAAAUACAUUGGAAAUAUGUGCCACACUCCAGAAUAGUAAGACGUCGUCUGUUUCGAAUACAGCGGCCGCUACAAUGCAGCAGCUUGUGGUUUCUAUUUUCGACAAGGUUUCAAAAACGGAUGCGAUGCCAGAUUCCGUUCUCAGCUUUCCUGUAACACUAUACGACCAGCAGAUCUAUUUAACUUCUGCCAGUUAUGAUGCUUUGAGGAUUUUGGAUGAUCUUUGUCGCUUGGUUGAAGGAGAAAAGUUAGAAUUUCUCAACAUCAAAUCUCUUUCCAAGAUUUUCGUCCUCGAAUUGAUCGAGAGUAUCCUGGUCAACAACGGUCAUAUCUUUGCCAAACAUCCAGAACAAGUUCUCGUUCUUCGUAACCGGCUGAUGCCGUUGACCGUGAAACAUUUUUCUGGGCGGUAUAGUUUUCCUCUAACGGUUCGUGUGGCUAGGAUAUUGCUCCUUUUACUCAGGGAGUAUCUACUCCAAUUAGUCACAGAAUGCGAAAUGGCACUAGGGCUUCUAAUCCAUUUACUUGAUGCUGAUGCGGCAGUGCCCUGGAAACGUGUUCUUUGCAUGGAAAUCUUCAGGGGAUUAUAUUCCGACUCCGAACUUAUCAGACUUAUUUACAUAUUGUUCGAUACUGAAGAAGGUCGCAGAAAUAUCGUCUGCGAUCAUAUGGCUUGCUUAGUGAAGCUGGCAUCCGAAAAGCCAUACCUUAUCGGUGUCAGUCACCGAUCAACCUUGCCAACGGGUCCAUCAAACUCAAGAAAUAUGAUGGAUGAACAAGUCACCCUUGAGGCUGUUUCUGUCGCUGGCGUUAUCGGAAGCCCCACAACAAAGGAAAGCACGUGUGGUAUCAGCAGCCAGUGGAGCCUCGUUCGGACGCCAUACCUCGAAACGUUAGAUAAGAUCGAUGCUCCAAUACUCCCUGAGACAUAUAUUUACAGUCUUGCCCUCAACUGUAUCAGUACGCUAUCGGAGAGUAUUGCUAAAUUUAUCCUUCCGUUGACCGCUUCUGAAUCUAAAAGCAAACGGAAGCAUCGAGCCUCGAUAUCGAAAAAAGCAGGGGACGAAUCUGCACUUCAGCGUAAAAACUCCGGCAGAGCCUCGAAUAAACUAUCUGUUCCUAUAAACCCGUUGGAUCUCACGUCACAUCCUCAAAUCAAUGACAUCCAGGCUAUCACGAGCAUGAUCGACACCUGCUGGCCUGCCAUUCUAGCCACAUGUUCUACCUUUCUAUAUGCCGCGUUAGAUGGUGAAUUUUAUCACAACCUUGUCCGAUCUUUCCAGAAGUUAACCCAUGUUGCUGGGCUCCUGAGGUUGUCUACACCACGAGAUGCUUUUCUCACUACGCUAGGGAAGGCCGCUGUUCCAGCCGACCUUAGUAACUUCACCGUGUCACUAAAUUCUCCUGGUAUAGACUCCCAGGAUGCUCUCGCUACCGAAUCAUCUAUGCCCAAGUCCACAAUAGCCACCGACGCGUUGGCUUCGACGGCUGAUAAAACUCCUACUGCUCUCAGCACUCGUAAUUUACUAUGCCUACGAGCUUUACUUAACCUAGGAAUUGCGCUAGGACCAACCCUGGAUCAAGCUGCCUGGUUGAUAAUUCUUGAAACGCUUCAGCAUGCCGAGCUAAUACUAAACGUUUCGACCAUGGCUACCCCAAAGCCUGCGUCUAUGAACAAAUGGGGCGACAGGAAUGCACCCCUCACCCCCGAGCCUUCCAAGGUCAACCUUGGUGCCGAGAUAAUAGCUGUUGAAACAGCAGCAGCUAAAAUGUUCGAGAGCACUGGAGAGUAUCCUAGUACUUCGUUCAAGAGCCUUUUGUCUGCUCUCUUAAGCCUCUCUGAAAAGACUGAUAGGGGUAUAGCAGAUGUUAGCUCUGGAAAACAUCCGGUACCAUCACAAUUCACCCCGUCUUCUAAGGCACUGGGGCGUAUACAUCAGAACAAACGCAGUAUUUCUAUUGCUUUGGGAAAGUCGAGGAUCCAGGAUGACGAGUUGAAAUUCGUCUUAGCCAAAGUGAACGAUUUGGCAAAGUCCAACCUCGAACGAUUAGCUCUCCCCGACGAUGAGGAAGGAAUUUGGCACAUUUUAGUAGGGGAUCUCGUCUCAAUUACUCAAAAUACUCAAAUCAAUCAAUCUCUACGUUCAAAUGCAAGCCAUGUUCUUGACAACAUUGUGUUCCACUCCAUCAAACUGGGAAACUCCGAUGACCCGGGCAUUAGGAACCAGGUCCAACUUCGUGGAUUGCGCGCCUUGAAAUCCCAGAUCUCGACAUUAUAUGACUGUUGUUCGAACUCAAAUUCUUCUCAGCGUGCGUCCGAUUUUGAAAUACAUGAGAUUGCUCUUGAGGCUCUAAAAUCAAUUCUUGAAGAGUGUGGAGAAUCAUUGAUUGCUGGAUGGGACUUGGUUUUUGACUUGAUAUCAAGUGUAUUUGAUGACCUCAGGUGUAUUUCAAAGAAUGGGGACGAAUGCGCCUCGCUUAACAAUGUUCACAAGCCUAGGGGAAAUUUAACCGUCAAGUCCGCAAGACUCGUCAGAACAGCAUACAGCUCGUUGCAGCUUGUCGCUUCCGAUUUCCUUAGUUUGCUAUCGUCCUCUUGCCUCUUAGAGCUAGUGAAGGCAUUUUCAAGCUUUGCGUCACAAGUGGAAGAUUUCAACAUAUCUCUCACUUCCACGACCUCGUUUUGGAACCUUUCUGAUUUUCUUCGCAGCCAGGUCGACAAAUUUUCCAUCGAAAGCCAUAUUGAGGUCUUUUCUAGCGAGGAGACAUUGACCGAAUUAGCCAAAUCCUCCGAUCUCUUGAUUUCGAGGAACUCAUUAUGGUUAGUUCUUCUGUUACGCAUUGCCGAUUUAAGCACAGAUAGCCGCUCAGAGAUUCGUAAUGCUGCAAUCCAGACCGCACUGCGCAUUUUUGACGCGUAUGGCCAACAGCUCCCACCAAAAGCUUGGCAUUUGUGUUUGAAUAAGGUUCUCUUUGUUAUGACAGAGUCGGUUCAAAAGGAAGUUUUGAUGGCCCAACAGACCUCAGAACCCCUUGGUUCAAACGAGAUGAAGACAUGGAUAGAAACAGCUGUGAUUUUGACUAAAGGAUUGUCUAAUUUAAUUGCUGGGUACUUCGACACUAUCGCACAGGAUGAGGGAUUUUCUCAAUCGUGGAAGCGGCUCCUAGAUUACCUCGAAGCUAUUAUCAAAAUUAGAGUCCUCGAGUUGGACGAAGCUGUCUUUUCUAGUUUUUCAGAAGUCCUCUCACGAAUUCGUGGCUACAAUGAUAUCAAAAUGGAAUCUUUGGAGUCUGCGUGGGCUGUCUGGGUUAAUGGUCACCCAAUUGCGCCAGAUGAACAGCCCGAUUUGGAUGUGCAAAAUCAAAAUGCGUUGAUAGCCUAUCUAAAGUCUUUUAAGCAACUCUACCGACUCCUGAAGGACAUAUUGACCGACACUCAAAUUUAUCAAGUGCUUGAAAAUCUACAAAUUUCUGUUUGGAGGUCUGUGUCCUCACGCUACACCCGAGAUGUCGACCACCAGUCAGAACUGCAGUCACUUACUAUGGAAUCCUUGAAGACAAUAUGUCUGGAAAAAACAUCUUCUCAACCGGCCUUAGUUACUUGUCUUGCAGAGUUUUCUGAUUGCGCGUUGACGAAAUGGUCAGCCGGCCAAGAUAAUAGAAAACCAACAUUUGUGGCAUUCUCGAAGUCUGCGAUGCGACUUCUUGGCUGGUAUGUUGCAGAACAUGGCAUUCUCACCGACAUCUUCUCGAAUGGUAUUUUGACGAGGGCGCUUGAGCACCUCUCGAACCAAAUAGCUCAUAAAUAUAAGUGGAAUGGAAGCGACCACGACCCCGCUCUCUGGCGGGUGGCCACCUCCGUUUCCCUUGAUAUUCUCCAGGUUGCCGUUCCCUAUGUUGAGAGUGAACAAUCUAAUUCCAGCAAAAAAGAGCUUGUUGAUUUUUGGAACUGCGUCGUUGACAUCUCGAGAGGGAUUGUUUCUGCGUUCGACUACAAGAAAUCGAACAUUCAAUCCGGAGUAAUUUGCGAUGAAGAAUUUGAUGUAACAGCAUUCACCCGCCUCCGUGACAUAGUAAUACCAUCACUCGGGUCACCUUUAAUCCCUGAUAGAACGAGACGACAAUUCGCCUGCGCGCUUUUCAGCUCAUCUUUUGUCUAUCCAAUACAGCAUUCCGAUCUACCGAGCGCGACGCUUGAAAAAGAGCCGUUGCUGGAUUUAUAUAAAAUUCGUAUGGGACGCACAUACGACCCGCCUCCCACUCUCCGAUUAAAAAUGGCCUUCUUAAUGAUCGACUCGUUAUUUGACCUUGCAGCAACACAUUCCAGCAAAUCACCUUCCCACAAAGCUCGGGUUUUGGCACAUCCGUCGAAACUAGCACCUCAGGAUGCAGAAAACCAAUAUGUAAUCCUCGCGAAAUCCGUAUCCCCAUAUCUAAUUCUCCGUUGCGCAAUAUCUCUAAAAUCCUAUAUCGCCGACCAACCACUGCGCGGACUCAUGCCCCAACCAACCCCGGCGCAGAAGGAAUUGUUAUAUCUACUCCAUCGGCUCGUCGAGCUCAGAAGCGAACCGGCUGCGAUCCCCGAUGCGGGUCCUGUUGCACCACUAGGAAGUGGAAAAGGUAGUAAUAAUUCAGGGAUGUACAAGAAGCAUCUUGGUUGGGUGUAUCCUUUCGUGGUGAGGGCGACGGGUGUUGCUGGGAAGGAGAGGGAUGAUAAUAGAGUUUUAGAUGCGUUGCAGAAGGUAUUGGUGAACCUCUCAGGAGAUGGACUUGGUGGCCAUGAUGAAAAUGAUGAGGCGGACGCAGGGGAGGAUGAUUGA